AAUUUAGAAUUUAUUAAUGUUAUUACCAAUCAUGGAUACCCUUGCGAUCACCAUUAUGUAACUACAAGUGAUGGCUAUAUAUUGGGACUAUUUAGAAUACCAUAUUCACCAAGAAAUUCUACUUUUCAAAAUAGUAAAAGACAACCCAUAUUAUUACAACAUGGUUUAUUAGAUUCAUCUAUAACUUGGAUCAUUAAUGAACCAAAUGAGUCUUUACCAUACAUUUUAUCAGAUCAAGGAUACGAUGUUUGGAUGGGUAAUAAUAGGGGCAAUCUUUAUAGUAUCAAUCAUACUACUCUAUCAACAAAGAGUAGAGAGUUUUGGGAAUUUUCAUUUGAUGAAUUUGGGCUAAUAGACUUACCAACGAUGGUAGACUAUAUACUUAAUGAAACUGGGUUCUCACAAAUUGGAUAUGUGGGCCAUAGCGAGGGAACAAUGCAAGCAUGGGUAGCCUAUCAAGAAAUUAAAGAUUUUGCAUCCAAAGUACCAAUAUUCAUGGCAUUGGGACCAGUUGGUAAUGUAACUUAUAUUGAGAAUAAAGGUUUAAGCGCAUUAGCAAAGUAUAAAGUGGAUGAUAUAUUCAGAAUAUUUGGUUUCAAGCAAUUUUUACCAUCACCAUCAAUUCUCAAAGGAUUAUUUAUGGACUUUUGUAAAAACUGUCCUGUUUGUUGCGAAGAUGUUGUAGAAUGGAUAUGUGGGCCACAUAAAGGCGCAUUUAAUCAAUCCCGUAUGUCAUUUGUAGGAGGCCACGAACCUGGUGGCACAUCACUAAGAAACUUGGUCCAUUUCACUCAAUUAGUAAACGAAAAACAAUUUCAAAAAUACGAUUAUGGGUUAAUUGGUAAUCUCUUACACUAUGGUCAACGUCAUCCUCCAAUUUACAGUUUUUCAAAUAUGCCAACACAAAUCAAGAUUGCUCUUUUCUCUGGAACCCUUGAUGAAUUGGCUGAUCCUUUGGAUGUAAAACAACUGGUUGGUGAAUUACCACCCCAAACCAUUUUAGAUUGGACCAUUAUAGACAACUAUGCUCAUCUAGAUUAUGUUUGGGCUUUAGAUGCAAAUAUUUUAAUUUAUCCAAAAAUCCUUAAUUAUUUUAAUAAUUUU